AUGUGGGAUGUUUGGAAACUGUUUGCUGGCCACACAGCGCGCGUCGGCGACCACCACGGCGUGAAGGUGACGCCGGGCGCCCACCAGUCUCAGUUGCACGAGAUGCAGAUGGGCCGAAUCAUGGCCGCCCACCGCGGUGCCACUGUCACGGCGGCGGCGAAGAGGCAACGCCCGAGGCGGCUGUACCUGACGACGUCGAUAUUCUCUGUUCGCCGGACGCGCCGUCAGUGGCCGGCCGCCCGAGUGGCCGCGCGCAGCAUGCAGCGAAUCCUCGAGGGCCUCUGCGGGCUGCUGAGGAGAGCUGCAGGAACGAAAGCCAUGAUGCAGCGCGCCGCUGCCCGACGGGCGGGUCUGAUUUGCCCGGCCAGCAGGCGACUUUUUGCCAUCCGCCUGCUCGUGUGGGGAAACAUGUCACCAUCGACGGCUGCCCUCGAUGGUGCGACGCGCUCGCGAACUGAGCUGCAUCUCACGCUCGUCGCCAUCGCUCGUGGAGGGUCAACACCACCCACGGUUGGCCCAUCUGCAGGCCGCGAUAUCGCCCUCAGGCGCCCCCAGCGUCAAGCCGGGCGUUUCAAUCGCGCUGUAGUCGAGCCCCCCAGCUGCAGAGGAGUGCAGACUGCAGACGUCAAGGCAGUCCUACGUUUUUGGCGGCGCACUGCUGGUGGUACGGGUGGUCAGCACGGUUCAUUUCGCGUUUCUAUCUUCGCGGCUGCCAUCGUCGUGCAUCCUGGAGGCCAUCGUAUACUCUGUCAGCCUUCAAUAAACCCUUAUCCCGCCUUGUAUAUGCACAACCGUCACCUUCGCUGCGAGCUGCUAUUUUGGGGCGCCUGGCGGCAAAUUGUGCUGAGUUGCACACCACUAUCCACUGCAUAUCGGCCGCCGGUGCAUCCCCAUGAAGCCUAGCGCUCUCGCUGCUUUACUCUGCCAAAUCUUAUGCAGGCCAAGGAUAGCAAGUUCGCCUGCGUGAGAAACGGCGUGGACAGGCCGCG